AUGGCGAAGACGAGCAACCUCAUACCGCUCAUCAUCCUUGUGAUUGUCCUCGGCGUUGUCGCAGUUGUGGGAUUUGUGGCCUACUCGAUUGCAAACGAGGUCGGAGAGAAGACGCGGCAAAAACUUGAGAGAAAGAACGUCUCAUUCUCCAAAGAAGGCAUGAAAGUCGGCGUGAAGCAUGUAUCGCAAGAGCAACAGGAGGAUGCAGCUCAGAGGUACACCAAGCCCGUUGCGACAGAAACGUCCGGAAUUGCUGACAUGGCAUGCGCAGUGUGA